UUUAGCCUCCCUCCCACCGCCUCUGUCUCCCUCUCUCCACGAACUGCCCAGGAGUGAGCAGCUGUUCCCGGUUGGUCAAGACUGACAGACAGACACACCGACAGCCUGAUAUCCUAGACCACCAACUAAUCAGCCUGCACCUGGCUGCUUCCCCUCCCCAGGCAUAUCCACCAUGCGGCCCCUGUGGCUCCUUGCCUUGCUGCUGGCCCUGAGCCAGGCACUGCCCUUUGAGCAGAAGGGCUUCUGGGACUUCACUUUGGAUGAUGGUCUGCUCAUGAUGAACGAUGAGGAGGCUUCAGGCGCAGACACCACCUCAGGUGUCCCUGACAUGGACUCUGUCACUCCCACCUUCAGUGCCAUGUGUCCUUUUGGCUGCCACUGCCACCUGCGGGUUGUUCAGUGCUCUGACCUGGGUCUGAAGACUGUGCCUAAGGAGAUCUCACCUGACACCACACUGCUGGACCUGCAGAACAAUGACAUCACUGAGCUCCGCAAGGAUGACUUCAAAGGCCUCCAGCACCUCUACGCCCUGGUCUUGGUGAACAACAAGAUCUCCAAGAUCCAUGAGAAGGCCUUUAGCCCUCUACGGAAGCUUCAGAAACUCUACAUCUCCAAGAACCACCUGGUAGAGAUCCCUCCUAACCUGCCCAGCUCCUUGGUGGAGCUCCGCAUCCAUGACAACCGCAUCCGCAAAGUGCCCAAGGGUGUGUUCAGUGGGCUUCGGAACAUGAACUGCAUCGAGAUGGGUGGGAACCCCCUGGAGAACAGUGGCUUUGAACCAGGAGCCUUUGAUGGCUUAAAGCUCAACUACCUGCGCAUCUCAGAGGCCAAGCUCACUGGCAUCCCCAAAGAUCUCCCUGAAACCCUGAAUGAACUCCAUCUAGACCACAACAAAAUCCAGGCUAUCGAGUUGGAGGAUCUGCUUCGCUACUCUAAGCUGUACAGACUGGGCCUGGGCCAUAACCAGAUCCGGAUGAUUGAGAAUGGGAGCCUGAGUUUCCUACCUACCCUGCGGGAACUACACCUGGAUAACAACAAGCUAUCUCGGGUGCCUGCCGGCCUUCCUGACCUCAAGCUCCUGCAGGUGGUCUAUCUUCACUCCAACAACAUCACCAAGGUGGGCGUUAAUGACUUCUGCCCCAUGGGCUUCGGAGUCAAGAGGGCCUACUACAACGGCAUCAGUCUCUUCAACAACCCUGUGCCCUACUGGGAGGUGCAGCCAGCCACUUUCCGCUGCGUCACUGACCGCCUAGCUAUCCAGUUUGGAAACUACAAGAAGUAGAGGCAGUAGUAGCUACUAUGGUGGCCGUGGUAGGGGUGUCUGACAAACACAGGCAGGUGUCCCAGAGGGGGAGGUGAAGGAAGGAAGCAAAGUCCCCUACCUUUGUUCCCCAAUGCUAACUCACUGCCCCGUCACAGCCUCUCCCUGGUUCCCAAGUGUGUACAUGGGCAAAAGACCUGGCCCCAUCGCCUGCUUCUCUCAGUUUCUGAGAUGCUCUACCAUCCCCCUAUGGUCACUCAGAGGCUCCCCUUUAAAACAUUCUUUUGGUUCACUCUGAAACCCAGAUGUCUGAGGCUAUGGGUCUGCAGGUCAAGAGGGGUUAGCAAGGGUGGAAACAGCACACUGCUCCAGCUGUUGCCCACCCAGGCACAUGUUCCUCCCCAUCCUCAUCCACAGUAGUGUCUAGCUUUCUUGGGCCCUGCCUCUUGCCCCUGGCCUCCGGUGUUCCAUUUGUAACAAAUUCACUA